CCGCCCCUCCCAGUUGCCCGCGGUCCGCGCAUGUGGAAGAUGGCGGCGUCCAUGGGAAGGUUACUCCGGGCUUCGGUUGCCCGACAUCUGAGCGCCUUCCCAUGGGGUAUUUCUUCGUCAGCAGCCCUGAGGCCAGCUGUCUCUGGAAGAACUUGCUUGAGAAACGCAUUGUGUUCUGGUUCCUGGCAAGCCAAGUGUGCCUUUAGCACCAGCUCCUUGUUCCAAGCUCCUGCUGUCACUCAGCACGCGCCCUACUUUAAGGGCACAGCCGUGGUCGAUGGCGAGUUCAAGGAAAUCAGCCUCGAUGACUUUAAAGGCAAAUACUUGGUGCUGUUCUUCUACCCUUUGGACUUUACCUUCGUGUGUCCGACAGAGAUUGUGGCUUUCAGUGACAAAGCCAAUGAGUUUCAUGACGCGAACUGUGAGGUAGUUGCUGUGUCUGUGGACUCGCACUUCAGCCACCUGGCCUGGAUAAACACACCUCGGAAGAGCGGCGGUUUGGGCCACAUGAACAUCAUGCUGCUGUCAGACCUGACCAAGCAGAUCUCACGGGACUACGGCGUACUGCUGGAGGAGGCCGGCCUUGCUCUGAGGGGUCUCUUCAUCAUCGACCCCAAUGGAGUCAUUAAGCAUCUGAGCAUCAAUGACCUCCCAGUGGGCCGCAGUGUGGAGGAGACGCUGCGCCUGCUGAAGGCCUUCCAGUUCGUGGAGAGCCACGGCGAGGUCUGCCCCGCCAACUGGACACCUGACUCGCCCACGAUCAAGCCGCAUCCGACAGAUUCCAAAGAAUAUUUUGAGAAGGUGAACCAAUAGAUCCCGUGUCCCAGCCGCUUCCCGCACCGGAAAAGAACCAGUUGGGACUCAUGCUCAGCUUUCUAGAUGGUUUAUACAUGGCAAAUCCCCAUGGCGCUUCCCUCCAGAAACCACGAUAUGUUUUUAUAAUUUUUAUUGGCCAAGAUGUUUUGUUUUCCCUUCUGGGGAUUGAUCCUAGGUCUCCUGCUUGCCAGGCAUUUGCUUUACCACCGAGCUCCAUCCCCGGCCAGAUGAAGGCUUUUGAAUCACAGCUAGUUACUGACAUAAUGCUGGUAAUUUGAUGGUCGCUCACAAGCCUGGUUCUUAUAUUUCUUGGAUCACGUCGUCAGUGGGAAAGGACAAUGCUCUUAGUCUACUUUGAGUCUGAGCAUCACAGCAAUAUAGCAUCAAAUGCUUCUGAUCAAGUUCUAAAAUUUUCUUGAAUUUUUUUCUUUGCAUAAAGCUAGAUUUUUUUCUUUCAAAGUAGCCAAGAUUGUAGUUAUAUGUUAGCAUCAAUAAUUUAGCUCUUGCAAUGGAUGUAAUAAGUGAACAAAACAAAUGUGAAUCAUGUUUUUUGAAAAAAGCUACAGUGGCAAAGUGACUCUACUGAUCAUGCAUGUUCCCUAUCCCUGAAAGUUUAUAUACUUAUUUUACUUAUUUUGUCAACUUAGGACAACAUGUAUUUCUAGUUAUUAUUGAUCAAGGAUAAUUACCGAGAUAUUUAUUGAAUCCAUUUUGAAUCAUUGUAAUUAUUUUCUCUGCUGAAAUAUUCAAUUAAAGUACAUAGCAAAAAAUAAACGUAUUUUAAA